CAUUAUAAUUUUUAAACAUUUUUUUUUUACAUUUUUAUUUUAUUUUUUUUUUGCUGCGACUUAUCAUGCAACUUGCAACACAAAGUUGCAUGACAAGUCAAAACACAUUCAUUUCCAUGGGUGUCGUCUUAAUCAAUUUUGCAGGCCAUGCAUGGGUCGAAUUCCGAACGAUUUUUCAUCCGAAAAUCGAAAACAUCGUUCGCUCAGUAAUCCGAUGGUGCCAUCAAUGAUUUCGAAAAUCGGCCGACCAAGCCAUAAAGUUCACCCCAUAUAACAGGUGAAAAUUCUGUUCCUUCCAGGUCACGGCUCAUGCGCAUAUUCUUUUUGGAAAAAUGAUCGUACGAUUUGACCAUCAU